AUGUCUUCCACUUCUAUAGUCCUCAUCACCGGCGGCAAUACCGGUAUCGGGUAUGAGGCGGUGAAGGCGCUGUAUGUGUCCUCUCAGCCAUACACGAUUUUCAUGGGUAGCCGUUCGCUGGAGAAGGCGGAAACAGCUAUCGCGAAACUGAAGAGCGAGGUGCCCGAGUCUAAGAAUGAGGUUUCCGCGUUGCAGGUUGAUAUUGAAGAUGAUGAGAGUAUUGAGAAGGCUUUUGGAGAGGUGCAUGGGAAGUGGGGGAGGGUGGAUGGGUUGGUUAAUAAUGCUGGUGCCGCCUUCGAUGGCAUUAUGCGCUCCGACCCCGGCCCCAAAGGCAUACGCGCAGCCUGGGAUAAAGCAUACUCGCUCAACGUUACUUCUACUCAGGUGAUGACGCAUACUUUUGCGCCCCUGUUGAUCGCUUCGCCCAACCCUAGACUACUUUUCAUCACGUCUGGACUAUCAUCGCUCGAGAAAUGUGCCCAGGGCUCCGACUCCAAACUCAUGAGUGCCGCGCCACCAAAGGGCUGGCCUAAGCCGCCGGGUAUGGCACAAACGGCAUACCGGUCUAGCAAGACGGCGUUGAACAUGCUGAUGCUGUAUUGGAAGAGGACGCUAGAGGUUGAUGGGGUCAAGGUGUUCGGGAUCAGUCCCGGGUUUUUGGCCACGGGGUUGGGGGGCAUGGGGGCGGAUAUGCUCAAGAAGUUUGGGGCGGGGGACCCAGGGAUCGGGGGAGAUCUUAUCAGAGAUGUGUUGGAAGGGAAGAGAGAUGGCGAUGAGGGAGUUGUGAUUGAUAGGAAUGGGGUGCAGCCUUGGUAG